AUGCCUAAACAAAAAACUGUCUGCUGCCCCCGUAUAUAUAAAGAUAAAAAUGGAUCUAUCUCUAGUAUUAGGGGAAACAUAACUGCAAAAUUCAAAUUUUAUGAAAAAAAUAUUAUCAAAAAAUCUGAUAACCAAAUAACAGCAAGUCUUGCUACAGUUAUAUUACAAAAUUCUGAUGAAAAAAUGAAUAUUGUAACUUUUGAACUCGAGACU